CGUUGCGGGGCGGGUUGGCGGAUAAGGAUGCUGUUGCGCUCUGUCCUGGCUUGGGCGAAUGGGGGAGCUGGCCUUGCCCGGAGUCGGGAGCCGGUGCCUGCGCGGGAGGGUGUGGGGUCUAUCUGAAGAACAUUGUACUUUAAAAGAAAAGAUGCUGUCUUCAAAUGAUAAAAAGUUAGAAAAACUGGAUCCAUUUUAUCGACCUUUGGUGUCCAAGCACAAGACCAGUGCGGAAAUCAUAAGUGAAGCACGAAACGCGUUAAGAACAGUUAGAACCCAAAGACCAUUUACACCUCAGGAAGACCAAAGGAAGCUGUUUGGACCUGCAUCAUCAAGAACACCAGAAAACAGGCCUCCUUCCUCCUUCAGCCUCCAUGCAUCCAGCUUUGAGUUAUCCGACUCCAGGCCUAUCUCUGGCACUCGUCUCAGUCCACUAGAACUGAAACCGAAAGCUCCGGCAUCUCCCAGCGCAGAGGAGGAUCCCUGCCUUUCCUUUCCUAAACCCCCCGUGGACCCCGUGAAGAUUAGAAGAAUAAGCAGUGCCCGGGCGCGCUUAUUCAGGGCAGCCUCCCAGGGGGCUCUUCUGCCGGACAGAUCCCUUCCCGCCGAGUCAAAGAAGACAGCGGAAUCCAAAGAAAUGGUCAUGAUGGGGAGCUCUAUGGUGAAAAUAAAUGGGAUUUAUUUAACAGAAUCAAACACCAUUGACCACUUGAAGAGCCACCCUUUUCAAUUAACUUACGACGGAGGCCUCAGAGAAAUCAAACAGCAAGAAGGGUUCAAAGGAACAACGUCGUUACCAUCUCGUCUUGGAAGUGGAGGGGACCAGGGAAAGAGGCGCGCCAGGGCUUCCUCCUGCCCUGGCAGCUCCGACCUGAGCAGGCUGGAAACCAAAGCAGUCUCAAAAGCCAAAUUGCAAGAAAAGGAUACCGAAAUAGAAGUAGAUGAAGUCUUUUGGAAUACAAGGAUCGUACCAAUUUUGCACGAAUUAGAAAAGGAAGAGAACAUUGAAACGAUUUGUGCUGCUUGCACACGACUUCAUCAUGCUUUAGAAGAAGGAAACAUGCUUGGAAAUAAAUUUAAGAGAAGAAGUAUUCUCCUGAAGACUCUAUAUAAACUAGUUGAUGUUGGUUCAGACUUGCUCAGCCUUAAACUUGCAAAAAUUAUCCUAGCACUAAAAGUGAGUAGAAAGAAUCUACUUAGUGUCUGCAAACUUAUAUUUAAAAUUAGCAGGAAUGAAAAGAAUGAUUCUCUGAUUCAAAAUGACAACAUCCUGGAAUCAUUAUUAGAGGUACUGAGAAGUGAAGACCUGCAAACUAACAGCGAAGCUUUUUUAUACUGUAUGGGGACUAUUAAAUUCAUUUCUGGAAAUCCAAGAUUUCUUAAUGAAAUGAUCAGCAAAGGUGCUGUGGAAAUAUUGACAUAUUUGGUAAAGCAAAUGAAUGAGAACACCAAGAAGUGUGGGAUACAUUUGCCUAAUUCAGGCCACUUGUUAGUCCAGGCAACUGCUACUUUGAGAAACUUGGUUGAUUCACCACUAGCAAGAAGUAAGUUCCUGAGCAUUGGCACCCUUCCCCAGCUCUGCACAGUGCUGGAACAGUACAUGGAUGACAAGGACGUCUGUACCAAUAUUGCCAGAAUAUUCAGCAAACUAACUUCUUACCAUGAUGGCUGUGCAGUGUUGGCCAACUAUCCCAGAUGUUAUGCCUUGUUUUUGAAUCUGUUAAACAAAUACCAGAAGAAACAGGAUCUAGUCAUUCGAAUUGCUUUUAUUCUUGGCAACCUGACGGCAAAGAAUAACCAGGCUCGGGAACACUUUUCCAAGGAGCAAGGGAGCAUCCAGACUCUGCUGUCAUUAUUCCAGACCUUCUACCAACUCGAUCUGCGUUCGCUGAGGCAGGCACCUGCAGGGGCUGAUCAGCCCAUCUCGCAGAGGCCACCGUCAGAGGCAGAGGAUGUACUCAUCAAGCUGACCCGUGUGCUGGCCAACAUAGCCAUUCACCCACGCAUCGGCCCAGCUCUGGCCACCAACCCACAGGUUGUGGGCCUGCUGCUGACCACGCUGGAAUACAAGUCCCUUGAUGAGUGUGAGGAGCUAGUGAUCAAUACUACAGCAACAAUCAACAAUUUGUCUUUCUACCAAGUGAAGGAUUCCAUAAUCCAAGACAGAAAACUAUCUCUUGCUCAAUUGCUCUUAAAGCUUCUUGUGAGUAAUAACAUGGAUGGAAUCCUGGAGGCUGUGCGUGUUUUUGGAAAUCUCUCCCAAGACCAUGACAUCUGUGAUUUCAUUGUGCAGAACAAUGUACAUAAAUUCAUGAUUGCACUGCUGGACGCUAAGCAUCAGGACAUUUGCUUUUCUGCCUGUGGUGUUCUCCUAAACCUCACUGUGGAUAAAGACAAGCGGGUCAUCCUCAAGGAAGGAGGUGGCAUUAAAAAGUUAGUGGAUUGUUUAAGAGAUUUUGGUCCUACUGAUUGGCAGCUGGCCUGCUUGGUUUGCAAAACUUUAUGGAACUUCAGUGAAAAUAUCACAAAUGCUUCAUCGUGCUUUGGAGAUGAAGAUACCAACACACUCCUAAUCCUGUUGUCGUCAUUUUUAGAUGAAGAACUAGCACUGGAUGGCAGUUUUGACCAAGACCUGAAAAACUACCACAAGCUCCACUGGGAGACAGAAUUCAAACCCGUGGCACAGCAGCUUCUCAACCGAAUUCAGAGUCACCACACCUUCCUGGAGCCCCUGCCUGUUCCCUCUCUCUAACAUGACACAGAUUAUUAACAAUGGAAACAGGAAGUCAGGUCUCUCUCAUUCUUAAGGCAUGGUAACAAAUGUGAACAUUUCUCAGUAUUAACAAAUACUGAACAUUUUUUUAAGUAUCGAUUUUAGUGAGUAGCCCGAAUAUUUUAAAAAAAGAAAUAAGCAUUUCUUCUUGUUAGGUAUUCUAAAAAAAUUCAUAUAUGUUAUAUUUCCUGCUAUGAGAAAUAUGAGAUGAAAAUAUAUGCAUUUUUAAGUAAAUGAUUUUUUAUUCUCUAUUAAAAAAAUUUAGUGCUAGUUGUAAGAUCCCGAUUUAACAGUUUUGGAAUUUCAAUGCUCAUCCAUUCAUUAAGUUAAAUGGACUAGGCAAUGAAGACUAUUAGAUUUUGUCUUUGAAAAGAAUAGUGGUCAACAUGAAUGAAACACAUUGUCACAUAAGCAUUUGUAUGAAUUAUUACUAUGUCUGAAAAUAAAUUUUCUGAUUAGGUACCAGUAUUUUUCUGUCCUCAUAUUAAGAGAAGGAAUAAAUAGGAAAAACAGAGAAUAUUGCUUUGGACCAUCUACUCUCUAUUAAAUAAGUAAAAUAGAUGAAAAAAGAAUAUUUUCUCUUUUCAUUUGAAAAAAAAAUGACUUGAUUAUACAGUACUUAUAACUAUAUCUAGAGAGUUGCUAUAAUGGAUUAGAUUGAGUGCAGGAUCUAGGUUUAUGACAGCCUCAUUUAAAUUCUUGCACUCCCCUGCUAGCUGUGUGGACCUUGGGCAAGUAAUUUAAUUUCUUGGGUUUAUAUUUGAAAAUAAGAAUAAUAUCUAUUUAAGGUUUAAUUUAAAACAGACCAUUAAGUGGGCAAAUUGCCCAGCUCACUGCACAAUUUGUACUAGGUGCUCACUAAAGUUAUAACAUUAUCAUGGCAAUUAGUCCGCCAUUCUUUGUGUGAUAAAUUUGGCCUUUGAAUAAAUGAUUAAAAGACAAGUUGAGAUUAUUAUUGUUAUCCAGUACUAGCCAAAUGAAGAUUUGGAAAUAAAAGUAAGGUUACUACUGUUGGCGAAAACAGCUGUCUCUCACAUUUAAAGAAACCAUGGGAUGAAAGCAGCCAUCCCAGAGUAGGUGGGUUGUCAAGCCUAUUAGAACAUCCUCCGUUUCCAGGAACAAAUAGACUUUGCAAAGGUGAAUCAACUGGUUAGGGCUGGUUAGGGCUCAACAAGAUCACAUAGGGACAUUCACUUUGUCCAUAAUCCAUAAGUACCUGCUAAUAGAUUCAUUUUGAUAGAUGAAAUCAGCUUUGACCUGAGGGGCUAAUCUCUCCAAAACAUUUAAGGACAUGUCUGUGUUAUUCAUAGCAAGAUAUAUAUUCUACUUUUGGUGAGAAAAAAACAAACUCUUCCAUGCCCAAAAAGUACUCCUCCCUCAGUAUUCAUAACUAAUAAUUCCUGCUGGGUACAUUAUACCUGCUCUCCUCCACACCAAGCCCAUUCACCUGCAUCAGACUUGUGCAAGGUGGGCCAUUUGGAA